AUGUCUGCCAUCCAAAAGUCUGCCAAGCCCGGUGUCGAGGAACAGGUCGAGUCCCCUGUCCACCGCAUCCGCAUCACCUUGACCUCCCGCAACGUCAAGAACCUCGAGAAGGUCUGCACUGAUCUCAUCCAGCGUGCCAAGGACAAGAACCUCCGUGUCAAGGGACCCGUCCGUCUCCCUACCAAGGUCCUCCGCAUCACCACCCGCAAGUCCCCUUGCGGUGAGGGUUCCAAGACCUGGGACCGCUACGAGAUGAAGAUCCACAAGCGUUUGAUCGACCUCCACUCCCCUGCCGAGAUCGUCAAGCAGCUCACCUCCAUCAACCUCGAGUCUGGUGUUGAGUGCGAGGUCACCCUUGCCCUCUAA